UUUCUCUCCGCUGUACAGCAAAGAGAGAGCAGUGGUGUCCACGUUGACAGCUGUAAAGGUGAGUUUGUGGAACCAUCCCCGUGUUUCCUGGUUGUUCUGUGACCUCAGGGACUCCUCCAUAUAUUAGUAGAAUGAGUGUGGGGUUCAUAGGAGCUGGCCAGUUGGCCCACGCUCUGGUGAGAGGCUUCGCAGCUGCAGGCGUGAUUGCCACCCACAGAAUCACAGCCAGCUCCCCCGACACAGAUCUCCCCACAGUGCAGGGACUGAGGAAACUGGGUGUAAAUCUCACCACCAGCAACAAAGAGACGGUACACAAAAGCGAUGUCCUCUUCCUGGCCGUUAAGCCCCACAUUAUUCCGUUCGUGCUGGAUGAGAUCGGAUCGGACAUCGAAGAUCGUCACCUUAUUGUGUCAUGUGCAGCAGGUGUCACCAUCAGCUCCAUAGAGAAGAAGCUGCAACAGUAUGGCCCUGCUCCAAAGGUGAUGCGUUGCAUGACCAACACUCCAGUGGUGGUGCGUGAAGGAGCCACUGUGUAUGCCAUGGGCACCCAUGCAGAGGCGGAGGAUGGGAAGCUUCUGGAGCAGCUGAUGGCCAGUGUAGGAUUCUGCACUGAGGUGGAAGAGGAUCUGAUUGAUGCUGUAACGGGUCUCAGUGGCAGUGGCCCUGCUUACGCUUUCACAGCCUUGGAUGCUCUUGCUGAUGGUGGAGUGAAAAUGGGCCUCCCCAGGAGACUGGCUGUGCGCCUCGGAGCCCAGGCCCUGCUGGGGGCAGCUCGAAUGCUGUUGGACUCAGAACAGCACCCUGGGCAGCUCAAGGACAAUGUGUGUUCACCAGGGGGCGCCACCAUCCAUGCCCUGCAUGUUUUGGAGAGUGGUGGAUUCCGCAGCCUCCUGAUUAAUGCUGUGGAGGCCUCCUGUGUCAGGACUCGGAAACUUCAGUUCUUGGCUGACCAGGAGAAGAUCUCUCCAGCCGCCAUAAAGAAAACAACUCUGGACAAAGUGCUUCAGCAGCCAGGAGUGAACGCAGAAGCUGUAGGAAUCCGACCCCGUGGUAUCAGUUUCUUUAACAGCAGUAACCCCAGGACCAAGAAGAACUGAAUCCGCACAUUUAUUUCAAUUCGUCACAUCACUGACAAUCCAGGAUAAGCUGUCAGUAAAUGUUGUCAAUAAACCACCACUGGCAGAUGUCCUCUGAAACAUAAGCUAAACUAGUGAAAUGUUGUCUAGAAAAAAAAAAUCAUCUGAAUUUGGGAUGAUACCUGAUGCAUGUUAUUUUUGAAAUGAAAUGCAUUUCCUUUGAAAUGUUUUGUAUUGUUCAUUGAUUCCCUCCCGAAUUAAGGUUCAGUUCCUGUGCUAUCACAUUACUUCCCUUGGUAAGUUAAUGGACUUCGAGAUAUGUUAUAAUUUAAAUAUCUGUGGUCGUUAAAGUUUUCAAAAUCUUCUCUCACUUGGUCCUUUUUCUGUGGUAGUUGGAAAAGUAGGUUUACUAGUUAGGGCACAGUCACACAUACGCAAAUGCAAAGCAGGGAUCGCGAGUCAAAGUUGACGAGAGUUGAAUUCCACACAAAGCGGAAGUUAUUGUUUGCCACUGCUACAUCUGCGUAUGUGUGACCAUGGCCUUAACCAUGCAGUCGUUGGUGGGCAGUUAAGGUUUUGUGGUUGUGUCUCAUCAAUAUAUUACUUGAUGGUUGGGACAUGACAUUAUUGUUGUUGUCAUUUUGACAUAUUUUUGAGAAAUUGCUUCAACUCCUUGGCUAACAAGUUUUAAGUGAUAGCAAACUAUGCUGUAUGCCUAUACAAAGCCAAACAUAUUGAUAUAUAAAAAAACAUAAUGCUUAUAUGAGCUCUUUGACUUGAUCAGGAGAAAACAGGUUUUUGAUAUGCAGUAGAAACUUUAUACUGACACCAAUAUACCUCAUAUUAUUGAUUUUGGUGUGGAUCACUGCAUGCAUGUGCAUUGUUAGAUCAUGGUGGGACAUUAGCCAUUCUAAGUGCCUAUGUUGUGGCGUGGUGUUAUUAUGCAGUUUCAAAGUAUGUUAUUAAAAUAGAAUAUGAAAUUCUACUCAAAUCUUUUACAAACAAAAUGUGAACUGUUAUAUUUUAUGUUGUAAUGAAGCUGGGUUUUUUCACAUGUACUUCUAUUAUUAAACAUGACAAA